AUGUCGGGAAGCAGCCAGACAUCCCCGCGCUUCUUCAACUAUCCGCGCCCCAAACCUCACGACGCGCCAUACAAGGCCCCGCCGCCCGGAAAGAACCCCGUAGUCAAGGGCGCCUUGCUGCACUAUCUUUCCAACCUAGUCGCGACUGUACCGCUAGUCCCUGGCAUCCUGUGGAGCAAUGCCGGCUUCAGCUCCUUGCGAGAAUGCAGGCAACUCGACGGCAUUGACCCGCGCUAUGAUCCCACCGUAAUCCCGCUGCCUGAAUCCGACGAUGCUCCCCUCAACUACACAGACAAAUCCAACUUUCGCGCACCGUCCUCGCACGCGUCCUCCAACCGAUUCCACUCGAUCAAAGACUUCCACGAUGCCUACUCGAGCGGCACACUUACACCGACCGACGUAGUAGAACACAUCCUGCCCCUCAUACGCAGAGAUGUUGCGCAGCGCUCGCCCUAUUCGACGGCCUUCAUGGACAGCAAAGUAGACAUGGUCAGACAAGCUGCCGAAGCCUCCACGCAACGGUACAAGCAGGGGCAGCCAUUGGGUAUACUAGAUGGCGUGCCGUUCGGAGUCAAAGACGAUCUUAAGGUCACGGGAUAUAAGCAUUAUGUCGGCACCACUUAUGACUACAGCCACGGGGGAAACAAGGAAACGAGCUGGUGUGCGAAGAUGCUUGAGAAGGAAGGCGCGGUCUUGGUCGGGACGCUGACUAUGCAUGAGAUGGGAAUGGAUACCACAAACAACAACCCUAACUGGGGCACACCGCGGAACCCAUACAACUGUUCAUACUAUCCCGGAGGCUCAUCGGGAGGCGCUGCGUCUGCAGUAGGACAUGGCCUUAUACCCUUUGCUAUUGGAUCAGAUGGAGGUGGCUCAGUCCGAAUUCCCAGCAACUACUGUGGUCUAUAUGGUCUGAAGCCAUCGCACUCCCGUGUCUCCGUCGCGCCCAUGCCAGACGCCGGGAAAUCCGUCACCGUUCGCGGGCCCCUCGCAAGCAACAUGUCAGAUCUCGAGAUCGCAUACCGCGUGCUCGCUCAGCCCGACCCAUCAACAUACCCCUCAUCGCUAUUCAACCCACCCAAGAAGCACACUGGGUCUCGAAACAAAGUACUGGGUGUAUACAAAGCCUGGAUCGACCGCGCAGACCCUCCAGUACAGGAGGCCUGUCAAUCAGCCUUGCGGUACUUCGAGUCAGAACAGGGAUACCAAAUUGUCGAUAUCAGCAUCCCGCUGCUAACAGAGGGUCAACUUGCUCACGCAAUGACUAUUAUGGCCGAAGGCGCAGCAGGACACAGGACGUCCAUCUACGACCUCACGCCCGCCAACAGGAUUCUCAUGAGUGUGGCGAAACAGACCCCAGCAACUGACUUUCUGCUUGCCCAGCGUCUGCGCAACGUUCUCAUGGAACAUCUUGCCGACCUUUUCCGCAAACAUCCUGGCCUCAUCAUCGUCACGCCCACGACGCCAAACGCGGGCUGGCCUAUUGAUGAAGCUGAACUUUCACAUGGGGUGACGAACGGCAACAUGCAAAUCAGGAACAUGGAGUAUGUGUGGUUAGCGAACUUCACAGGAAUCCCCUGCAUACAAUUCCCUAUUGCAUAUGUGGAUGGCGUAAAGGGCACUGGCAAGGUCCCGAUCGGGCUGAGUGGGAACGGAGAGUGGGGAAGUGAAGAUGCGCUGAUUGAGUUUGGGUUUGAUGGAGAGCAGUGGCUGCUUGAUGGAUAUAAGGGUGGGAAGGUCAUGCCAGAAGGAUGGGUGGAUGUCAUGAAAGCUUAG